AUGGCUCCUCUAACUCCUAUCCUGGUCUACAGCUCUUAUUCUCGUCGGAGGUUUUGGCACUCGUCUGCGCCCACCUUGACCCUUCCCAAGCCCCUGGUGGAGUUUGGUAACCGUCCCAUGAUCCUGCACCAAGUCGAGAGUCUGGCUGCUGCGGGUGUCACCGAUAUUGUUCUUGCUGUCAACUACCGCCCAGAUGUUAUGGUCUCCGCUCUGAAGAAGUACGAGGAGCAAUACAAUGUCCGCAUCGAGUUCUCCGUCGAAUCCGAACCCCUCGGUACUGCUGGUCCCCUGAAGCUCGCAGAGAAGAUUUUAGCCAAGGACGACACUCCCUUUUUCGUCCUGAACUCGGAUAUCAUCUGCGAUUACCCGUUCCAGAAACUCGCGGAAUUCCACAGGAGCCAUGGUAACGAGGGAACCAUUGUUGUUACCAAGGUCGACGAGCCCUCCAAGUACGGUGUCGUCGUUCAUAAGCCCAAUCAUCCCUCGCGCAUCGACCGAUUCGUUGAGAAGCCCGUCGAAUUCGUCGGCAACCGCAUCAAUGCCGGUAUCUACAUUCUGAACCCCAGCGUGCUUAACCGCAUUGAACUGCGCCCAACCUCUAUUGAGCAAGAGACAUUCCCUGCCAUCUGCAGCGACGGCCAACUCCACUCCUUCGACCUGGAAGGGUUCUGGAUGGAUGUUGGUCAGCCAAAGGAUUUCCUCAGCGGCACCUGUUUGUACCUUACCUCCCUUACUAAGCGCAACUCGAAGCUCCUCGCUCCAAGCACUGAGCCUUACGUUUACGGCGGAAACGUUAUGGUGGAUCCUUCGGCAAAGAUCGGGAAGAACUGCCGCAUCGGCCCCAACGUCGUCAUCGGUCCUAACGUUGUAAUUGGGGAUGGAGUCCGUUUGCAACGGUGUGUCCUGAUGGAGAACAGCAAGGUCAAGGAUCAUGCUUGGAUCAAGUCUACUAUUGUUGGCUGGAACAGCUCCGUGGGCCGAUGGGCUCGUUUGGAGAAUGUUACUGUUCUUGGAGACGACGUGACCAUCGCGGAUGAGGUCUACGUUAACGGUGGCUCCAUUCUGCCCCACAAGAGCAUCAAGCAGAAUGUUGAUGUUCCUGCAAUUAUCAUGUAA